UUGUCCCCAAAACAAAACUCCUCGGAGGCUGUUCUGUGCAUAAAUACAUGGGUUUUUAAACACAAGAACAAAAUUACAAAACCAAUUUUUCUGAUUUGUUCUAUUAACAUUGAUUGACCUUGCUUGUGUCGCCACUUGAGUUGAGACUUUGUUUCCCUCGACGCUCUUUUUAGAAUCAAUACCUUUUUCUUCUUCUGUUACUCCGUCUUCUCUUCUCUCAUUUUUGCAUUGCUUCUACCUCGUUUUUCUCGCCACACUCACGUUUUAUAAAUCAGAUAAUGGCAGCUGAAGUAUGUCACCAUGCUAUUGGCUCUUUGCAAUCUCAUUCUCAUCUUGGUAAUUUGAAUCAUCACCAAAAUAUCAGAAGCGGUGUAUUAAGAUUGGCGACAAAGGACUUUAUCAGUAAUGGCUUGUCAAAGGGAAUAAGUAGCUGCUUUGGCCAGAGAAAUUGUAUUGUUAUUCGAUCUUCGGCUUCCCAUUCCCAGACAUCGGUUGUUGAUCCAGUGUUGUCCCCUUCAAAAAGCAACACCGGUGACACUUCCAAGAAAUCAAAUGAAGCUGCUUUGAUCCUUAUUCGACACGGUGAGUCGUUGUGGAAUGAGAAGAAUUUGUUCACAGGUUGUGUUGAUGUACCACUUAGCAAGAAGGGUAUAGACGAGGCAAUUGAAGCUGGAAAAAGAAUUAGUAGCAUUCCAGUUGAUCUCAUAUUUACAUCUGCUUUGAUUCGUGCACAAAUGACAGCCAUGCUUGCCAUGACCCAGCACCGCCGUAGAAAGGUGCCUAUCGUUAUGCACAACGAGAGUGAACAAGCAAAGGCAUGGAGUCAAGUUUUUAGUGAAGAUACAAAAAAGCAGUCCAUUCCAGUCAUAGCAGCUUGGCAACUAAAUGAAAGAAUGUAUGGAGAACUACAGGGUCUCAAUAAGCAAGAAACAGCAGACAGAUAUGGGAAAGAACAAGUCCAUGAGUGGCGCCGAAGCUAUGACAUACCUCCUCCCAAUGGUGAAAGUCUGGAAAUGUGUGCUGAAAGAGCAGUUGCCUAUUUCAGAGACCAAAUUGAACCCCAACUUUUAUCUGGAAAGAAUGUUAUGAUUGCCGCACACGGGAAUUCAUUGAGAUCCAUUAUCAUGUAUCUCGACAAAUUAACUUCCCAGGAGGUUAUUAGUUUAGAACUGUCAACUGGAAUUCCAAUGCUUUACAUUUUCAAAGAAGGAAGAUUCAUUAGGAGGGGGAGUCCCAUAAAACCAACUGAAGCUGGAGUUUACGCCUAUACCAAGCGUUUGGCUCUUUACAGGCAGAAGUUGGAUGAGAUGUUCUAAAAAUAAUAUGGUUUAGGAAAUACAAUACAUUCACCAUUGAUGAGAAGCUUCACAUAUGAGUCACCUGGUCGGAGGUUGUUCUCAGUAUUACUGCUAGGUGCCUUGAAUAUUAAUUAGCACAUAUCCUAAAGCUAGGUUAUUUUGGUUGUUAUACUAUAGUUUUGAACAUGUGCAUUGGUAGACCAGCUUCCAACUUUUUAGGACAUUUAUGUUAAGUGAUUGUUUACAUGAUCCUGUUGUUCAUGAACUUCAAAAUGUGGAAAUAUACUGUAGUACUUUCAGUUGAGGAAAUACUGUAAAAAACGAGUGCCAAUUUGGAAAUACUGUCAUACUUAUUGAAGUAUUUUCAACAAUAAACUAGCAUAAAGUUCUGCUGAAUGCAAA